GGAGGGGGCGUAUAAGACGGUGAACGCAGCCCGGGAAUAGGGAGGUGCCGUUCUGUCCCGUGUCUCGUUGGUUCCGGAGGUCAGGUCGCGGCAGUGGCGGUAGUGGGAGAUGCUAGUGCGCGUGGCGCGGGGGGCCGGGGGCCUUGUGCUCAAGGGUCCCAGAGCCUGGCUGGGCCCCAUUCAACACCGUACAGCCUCAGGCCUACCCAGAAAUACAGUUGUGCUGUUUGUGCCGCAGCAAGAAGCAUGGGUAGUGGAGCGGAUGGGUCGAUUCCACCGUAUUUUGGAACCGGGCUUGAACAUCCUAAUCCCAGUGCUGGAUCGUAUCCGAUAUGUACAGAGUCUCAAGGAGAUUGUCAUCAACGUACCUGAACAGUCAGCUGUAACCCUUGACAAUGUGACGCUACAGAUUGAUGGAGUUCUUUACUUGCGCAUCAUGGACCCUUACAAGGCGAGCUAUGGUGUAGAAGAUCCAGAGUAUGCCGUUACCCAGCUGGCCCAGACAACCAUGAGAAGUGAGCUUGGAAAGCUCUCAUUGGAUAAAGUUUUCCGAGAACGAGAAUCCCUGAAUGCCAGCAUUGUGGAUGCCAUCAAUCAGGCCUCUGAUUAUUGGGGGAUCCGAUGCCUCCGAUAUGAGAUCAAGGACAUCCAUGUACCUCCUCGAGUCAAGGAGUCCAUGCAGAUGCAGGUAGAGGCAGAGCGUCGGAAACGUGCAACGGUGCUUGAGUCAGAAGGAACUCGGGAAUCUGCUAUCAAUGUGGCUGAGGGAAAGAAGCAGGCACAGAUCUUGGCCUCUGAGGCAGAGAAGGCUGAGCAGAUCAACCAGGCAGCUGGAGAGGCUAGUGCAGUGCUGGCCAAAGCAAAGGCCAAGGCUGAGGCUAUCCGGAUCUUGGCAGCAGCUUUGACACAACAAAAUGGAGAUGCAGCAGCCUCCCUAACAGUGGCCGAGCAGUAUGUCAGCGCUUUCUCCAAAUUGGCAAAGGAUUCCAACACCAUCCUGCUACCUUCUAAUCCUGGAGAUGUCACUAGCAUGGUGGCUCAGGCUAUGGGUGUAUAUGGAGCCCUUGCCAAAACCUCUACAACUGAGGUACCAAGUUCAGCAUCCGAUGGAAAAAUCAGGAUUGCCCAGCGUUCGAACACUGGUCUGGAGGAGGAGCUGGAGCGUGUAAAACUGAGUUAGCAGAGCCUGACUUGGCCUGUGGGACCUGGGAAUCCUGGGGGAGGCUUCUGAUCCAAGCCCCCCCGCCCCUCACCCAGCCUCCCCAUGACACUUCUGGACACUUCAGCCAAGAUUUUGUUGUGUUUUUUUUUUUAAUUUGAACUUUAAUCAUGUAAUAAAUAUAUCUAGUGGGACAACAGCAAAA